GAGAGUUUAGACGCGAAAAAAUAUAGGUAAAUUAAAAAAAGAAAAAAACUGAGAAGACCUUUCUUCUUUGAAUUCUUGCGACGAGAACUGAAGGCGGAGAUAGCCGUAAGAGCGAGAAUAGCAGCAGCUCCGAGUCAAGAGCUUAAUGGAUUCUUCAUCGAAUACUUUCAAUCCCAACAAACGCCUCAAAGAAGAAUUUGUAAGCAAUUUGAGUGGAUCUUCCAUGCUUGAAAUCGCUGCACUUUCCUCUGUUAUCCCUCUUCUCUUUGUUUUGCAACACUCCAUCUCAUCCUAUUACAAAACUGGUUGUGAUUUAUCAACCAAAAAAGAUGACAAUGUGCAGCCCCGGUCUAAGAGUUUGGGGAUUUACAUGGUGUUUUUAACCGUCGAUUUUCUUUUCAUUGUUUUGCUCACACUUUUGUUUUUGACUGUUCUAGCGGAUUGGACAUUUAUAUCGGCGAUCUUAUUGAUGGCACUCAUUUUCUCUAUUGCAGCUAAAAGGGCUGUAAGUUCUACCUCUAAUUCUCAAGGGUCCCUUUCUCUCAGGGCACAUGUUUCCUCAUACAGGGUUCUUGUGAUGGUUGUUACUUGCCUUUGCAUUUUGGCCGUUGAUUUUAGAAUAUAUCCAAGAAGAUAUGCUAAGACUGAGACCUACGGUACAAGUGUGAUGGAUCUUGGAGUUGGCUCCUUUAUACUGGCAAAUUCACUAGUUUCACGGCAAGCACGGAGUGUCUCUUUGGUGAACUUGAAGACUACUAUUCAAUCAGUUAGUCCACUGCUAUUUCUUGGGUUUGGACGACUUCUAUCCACUAAAACGGUGGACUAUCAGGUUCAUAUAGGAGAAUAUGGAAUGCACUGGAAUUUCUUUUUCACUCUAGCUGCUGUAUCAAUUCUUACCUCCAUGAUUAGAGUUCCUCCAAAAUAUUCAGGAAUUCUUGGUUUGGCAAUCCUGAUUGGUUAUCAAUUUUGGUUAAAUAAUGGAUUAAAUGGGUAUUUGCUUUCUAAUAAAAGGGGAGCAGGUAUCAUAAGCAAAAAUAAGGAGGGAGUAUUUAGCAUACUUGGAUAUUGGGGCAUGUACCUUCUUGGUGUCCAGUUGGGUUACCAUCUAUUCUUUGGAAACCAUCCCUCUGCUGCAAAUAAAAGCAAUAAUUGGGCGAGGAUCAGAGUCUUGUUUCUUUCAGUGCUGUUUUGGUUGAUAACCCUGUUUCUAGACAGGCAUGUUGAAAGAGUUUCCCGUAGGAUGUGCAACUUGGCUUAUGUCACCCUGGUACUGGCUCAAAACCUUCAGGUUUUGGCCAUACUAAUGCUCUCUGAUUUCAUUGCUGGAAGCAAAAUAUCAGUGCUUGAAGAAGCAAUUGAUCGGAAUUUGCUAGGCACAUUUCUUCUGGCAAAUGUGCUCACAGGACUGGUAAACUUAUCUGUGGAUACCCUGUUUGCCACAUCACCGGUAGCUCUAUUUAUCUUAAUUGUUUAUGCUUAUGUUUUAUCUAUCAUUGCUGGAAUUGUGCACUUUUCCGGUAUCAGGCUAAGAUUUUGGUAAGGGUGUUGAGAUAAUCUGAAUUUCUUGUUGCUGGCUGUGGAUCAAUGCUGUGAUGUUUUGAUAUAGCAGUUGGUGUUAGAAAGAAUUUCAGAACUAGGUUCUGUUCCAUUCUACAUGGCCAACAGCAAAUUGUACGUGCAACUCUGUUUUUGUCUCCUUUUUUUCUUUUUUCCUACUGUAAUAAUUUAUGUUGUAUAAUGUAGUCAAGUAGUUUAUAUAGAACAUGCUUAAUGAUUAUAUA